CCAAAGAUCCACCAUACUUGUCAGACUCAAUUUUCAUUUAACUAUUCAAAAGGUGUGGGUCGCACAGAUGGAGAAGCACUGGAAAGAGGUUGGGCAAAUAUCAACCAGGUAGCUACAAGCACUAAAGAGAUGGGUCCAGGCUCUUGUCGUGAUACAUUACAGUCAUUGACCAUCAUUUGA